AUGUCUGACGAUCAAAAUAAUAACAAUAAUAAUAAUAAUGUCAAAGAAAUUAUAAAGAAACAACCAGUUGUUGACAAGAAUAUAUUGAAUCUAUUGAGUUCUAUGAAUGUAGAUAAGAAUGCUGCCCAUGCCUUCUGGGAUACUCAACCAGUACCAAAGAUCGAUGCUCAAGUCGAAAAAUCUGGUCCAAUCGAAGUGAAAACAUUGGAUGAUGUAAGAAAGGAACCACUUACUCUUCCUGCUCUCUUUGAAUGGGUUGUCUUGGAUGUCAAUGAUCAAGUUCAAUUGAAUGAUGUAUAUACAUUGUUAAAUGAAAACUAUGUUGAAGAUGACGAUAAUAUGUUUAGAUUCGACUAUUCUAUUCCAUUUUUGAAGUGGGCAUUGCAACCACCACACUAUCUCAAGGAUUGGCACAUUGGUGUACGUGUAAAGGAAUCAAAGAAGUUGGUAGCUUUCAUCUCUGCCAUUCCAGCCACCAUCAAUGUCGACAAGACCGACAGCGUAAAGAUGGUAGAAAUCAACUUCCUCUGCGUGCACAAGAAGUUGCGUGAGAAGCGUUUGGCACCGGUACUCAUCAAGGAGAUCACACGUCGUGUCAACCUACAGAAUAUCUGGCAGGCUGCCUACACCGCCGGUAUCGUCUUGCCAAAGCCAGUGGCAUCGUGUCGUUACUACCAUCGUUCGCUCAACCCAAAGAAGUUGGUCGAGUGCAAGUUCUCGUCGCUUCCACCACGUGUCUCCAUGUCGUUGCUCAUCAAGUUGAAUCGUGUCGAGGAGAACACCAAGUGUCCAGGUAUCCGACCACUCACCAAAGCCGACGUGCCAAGCGCAACCCGUUUGCUCGCCAAAUACCUCUCACAGUACUCUCUGGCACCAUCGAUGUCCGAAGAGGAGGUAUGGCACUGGCUGGCGCCACAAAAGAACGUCAUGGACUGCUACGUUGUCGUCGAUCCAAAAACAGGAGAAGUCACUGACAUGUGCAGUUUCUACACAUUGCCAUCGUCGGUCAUUGGAAAUCCAAAGCACAAGACACUCAAGGCUGCAUUUUCAUUCUACAACAUUGCAACUAGCGUUCCACUGGUCGACCUGAUGGCAGACGCUCUCCACCUCGCCAAGAAAGGUGACUUUGACGUCUUCAACUGUCUCGACAUCUUUGAAAACUCUAAAUUCAUCAAAGAACACAAAUUCCAACCAGGUGAUGGAAAUCUUCAAUACUAUCUUUACAACUAUGCCACUCAAACAAAAGAUCCGUCUGCCAUGGGACUUGUAUUGCUUUAA